AGGGCGCUGUAGGUCAGACCGGAAAAUCAGGAUAUUGAUAACACGAUUGCAAUUUAACAGUGAAAAUUCUUAUUUUUUGAUGCGUAUUUCGUUGUUUAGAAGGAUGUCAGUCGAUAUUGCAUCUCUUCGUUUGAAAUACAAAACUCCAAAGGAAGUUUUCACCGAAGAGAGCAUCGUCAAAAAGGAGCCAUUUUCCCUCUUUAAUCAGUGGUUCCAAGAUGCUUUGAACACGCCCGAGAUACUGGAGCCUAAUGCCAUUGCACUCGGAACCGUCAACAAAGAAGGAUUUCCCAGUUUGCGAUAUGUCCUGUUGAAAGACUACAGUCCCGCCGGCUUUACGUUCUUUACAAACUACGGCAGCCGUAAGGCACAGGAGAUCCAGGACAAUCCGAAUGUUGCGAUGACAAUCUAUUGGACGCCCUUGCGUCGUUCGAUCCGCAUCGAAGGAGUUGCUUCGAAGAUUCCGCGCGAAGAAUCUGAAAAAUAUUUCCAUUCCAGGCCGCGAGCCAGUCAAAUUGGCGCAUUGGCGUCUCCACAAAGUACGGCAAUUCCCAGUCGUCAGUACUUGGAUGAUAUCGAGAGUGAAAUUAAAGCAAAGCUCGGGGAGGAUGGUGAAGUGCCGCUGCCAAAUUGGGGUGGAUAUCUCGUUGUGCCACGCACUAUCGAGUUCUGGCAAGGGCAAACAAAUCGUUUGCACGACAGGAUUCGCUUUAAAAAGUUUGAUGGUGAUGUUAGUGCAUUAGAUGCCAAAGUAACGCAUGUUGGAGAAGAUGGAUGGAUCUACGAGAGAUUAGCUCCUUAGGAAAAAACAUGCACUGAGCACCAAAUCAAAGUCUUCCAAAAUUACGUAGUGAUAUAUUGGGUUUAGGACGCUCCAAACGAUACUCAAAAAUAAAAUGAAAAAAUUUUAGGCAAUACUAAAAAUAGUAAAAAAAUUUCAAAGUGAAAUGAAAAAUUUUCUUAAUAAAAUAAUAUUUUCAAUGAUUUUUCAUAAUUUGAGAGCAAAAAAAAAAAUAAGUGAAAAAUUACUAAAAAUUAAAAUUUUAAAUUUGUUAAAAAAUUCGCAAUUGAUUUUAAUUUUAAUUACGUUAAUCAAAAAUAAUUAAAAAUUUAAAUAAUUAUUAAAAAAAAUAAGUUGGAGUAAAACAAGCUAAAAGUUCUAUAAACAUUUAUAAUGGGGAAUUAAACUUUAUUUUUGAGUUUAAUUUGGAACAAGGUUAUUUAGAAAUAAAAC